AUGCUGCUUCGAUGCUUCAAAACGAACCGUAAUGCACUGAGACGAAUUUAUGGAGUGAGAUACAAUGGAACGAAGAGUGUUCUGGAAAGGAUAUCUCAAAUACCGAUGGAGAAAUACAAAGUGUUCUCAAUCGUGGCCCAUAUUGACCAUGGUAAAUCCACGCUUAGCGAUAGGCUGCUUGAAUUGACUAACGUCAUCACGACAGAUACGAAAAAUAGGCAGGUACUGGAUAAAUUGGAGGUGGAAAGGGAGAGAGGCAUCACGAUCAAAGCUCAAACAUGUGCCAUGUUCUAUAAAGAUUAUCUACUGCAGCUUAUUGAUACACCCGGGCAUGUAGAUUUUAGGGGCGAGGUUGCUCGGGCAAUGGCUGCUGUAGAUGGGGCCAUCUUGCUGGUAGACGCAGUAAAGGGUGUCCAAGCGCAGACUGUAGCCAAUUUCCAGAUGGCCAAAGAGAUGGGCGUACCGCUGAUCCCCGUGAUCAAUAAGAUUGACCUAAGAGAUGCUGAGACGGAAAAAGUGCGCUCACAGAUAGUCGAUUCUUUAGGGUUCAAAGAGGAUGAAAUUGUAAUGAUCAGUGCCAAGAGCGGGAUCAAUAUUCCAGAAAAGCUCCUGCCUGCUAUAAUUGAACGGAUCCCGCCUCCACACGGAUCGUACGCAAAGCAUUUUAGAGCGCUACUGAUAGACUCCUGGUACGACUCGUACCUGGGGGUGAUAUUGUUAGUGAAAGUGGUAGAUGGCACGAUCGCGGUAGGCGAUAAGAUCGUCAGCGCACACACUAAAAAGAAAUAUGAUGCCAAAAAAAUCGGAAUCAUGUACCCAAACCAAACACCUACUGGUCAAUUGAAGAGCGGACAGGUUGGCUACAUUGUUCCCGGGAUGAAGAACAUCAAGGAUGCUUUGCUGGGCGAUACCCUAGUCCACGAGAAGUUCGAAAAUGACACGGAGGUGUUACCUGGGUUUGAAGAGUCUAAACCCAUGGUCUUUGUGGGGGCAUUUCCAGCAGACGGUAGUAAUUUCAAGGAUAUGGACGACGAUAUUGGUAGACUGGUUUUAAACGACAGAUCGGUCUCUCUUUCAAGAGAAACUUCAAAUGCAUUCGGGCAAGGUUGGAGAUUAGGGUUUCUAGGAUCUUUGCAUGCAUCUGUAUUCAAAGAAAGAUUGGAGAAGGAAUACGGAUCCAACCUUAUUAUCACACAACCUACUGUGCCUUACAUGAUUAGAUACACCAAUGGAGAGGAAAAAGUGAUUACGAAUCCUUAUUACUUCCCAGAUUCCACCUCCAAGCACAGAACCAAGAUAAAGGCGCUCUUGGAACCCUACGUCAAGGCUAUUAUCACUUUACCUAACGAUUACGUCGGGUCUGUAAUUCAACUUUGUGAUAACAACAGAGGUCAGCAGUUGGAUCUAACGUAUUCCUCCGUCGACGAUCAAGUCGUGCUAACAUAUGACCUACCGUUGUCGCAGCUUGUGGACGAUUUUUUUGGUAAAUUGAAGUCUGUCUCCAGAGGGUACGCAGCUUUGGACUACGAGGACUCUGCUUACAAAGAGUCCGAUAUUGUGAAGCUUGAGCUGUUGGUAAAUGGGAAAUCUUUGGAUGCGCUCUCUCAAGUUGUACACAAGAGUCAAAUGCAACGGAUCGCUAGGGAGUGGGUCAAAAAAUUCAAAGAGUACGUCAAGUCACAACUGUACGAGGUUGUGAUCCAGGCGAAAGUUAACGGCAAAGUUCUCGCGCGUGAAACGAUCAAGGCAAGAAGGAAGGACGUUUUGGCGAAGCUACACGCCUCCGAUGUCUCAAGAAGGAAAAAACUGCUGGCUAAGCAGAAAGAGGGGAAGAAAUCUUUAAAGAGUGUGGGGAACGUUCAGAUAUCGCAGGAUGCGUAUCAGGCAUUUUUGAGAAGAUAG